AUGAACAUCAAUGAAGCAAUACCUUUGAUUGUGUUAGCGCUUCGAAAUAUCUUUAAAGAAAACCUGAAAGCAACUCCAGCAGAAAUAGGAUAUUUGACAACUUUGCGGUUGCCGAGCGAUUUCCUGGAACAAGAUGAUGUAGUUCCUACAUCAAAUCACUCAAAUGAAAAGGUAUUCUUACAGAAGGAACUACAACAUGCUACUCACGUGUUUUUGAGGAAUGAUAGUGUCCGCCCACCAUUAAAAACACCGUACGAUGGGCCAUUUAAGAUUGUGAGGCGUUCAGACAAGACGUAUGAUCUUCUAAUCAAAGGAAAACCGGUGCGGGUGAGUGUUAAUCGGGUAAAGGCAGCAUUUUUAUCAAGUGACAAUGAAGACGUAAGCCCAUCACGUACAGAAAAUAUGGCAGAUACUCGAAUGGAUACCAAACCUAGUAAUGUAACACGAAAGGGACGAUUAGUGCAGGUUCCAAGAAGAUAUGUUAAAUUUGACUUAACGUGA